CAGGUUUGCCGGCAACGGGGUUGCCCCCGGGAGGCUUCAUGUCGCCCAUGCCAUGCUUGAGGCAGGUUAUGUAGAGAAUCUCAGACAAGCCUUAGCUCAGUAUCUUUUUGACGGUGGACCAGCUUACUCCACGGGAAGUGAGCCUCUGGCAGAAGAAGCAAUAAAAAUGAUUAGUCAUACUGGGGAUGUUGCUGUUCUGGCUCAUCCAUGGGCAUUGAAAAAUCCAGUUCCCAUUGUUAGAAGGUUAAAAGAAGCUGGUCUUCAUGGAAUGGAGGUCUACAAAAGUGACGGAAGGCUGGCAGCAUAUAGUAAAUUGGCUGAUGCCUAUGGGCUUUUAAAGAUUGGAGGGUCAGACUAUCAUGGGACAGGAGGGCACAAUGAAUCUGAGCUGGGAAGUGUGAACCUUCCAGUGAUAGUGUUGCAUGACUUCCUUAAGGUAGCUCGGCCUAUUUGGUGCAAUGCCAUCAGGGAGAUAUUAGAGUGUUAUGCUGAGGAGCCUUCUGAUUCUAACCUAGCAACAAUUACUAGGUUUGGGAGAACCCGUAGUUUUAAGGGAGGUUCACCCUUGAGUUGUGGACAGGACUUGAUUGAUCAUUUGUCUAGCCAAGAGAUGGAAAAAUGCAGAGUUUGA